AUUCAGUCAUGGCAUGGCAUGUUGUGUAAAAUACGUUCCAAACAAUUUUUGUUUUUUUUUUCCUAAAGGUCUGUCAGUUUCCUCACUCGAUACUCUCCGCGGACAUUUGCGCUGGUUCCAUUGCCCCACUUGUAAUUUAAUUGAUCAUUGGGUUUUGGUAGUGGAAGGGUGACAAGGCAGCAAUCAUGGAUGUUGAUUCACAACCAACUAUGGAGGAGACUAUUCUGGUUGGUGACGAUCUGAUGAUGGGGCCACCAUCACCUCUCAUUCCACCAGAAAUUGCCUCUCAUGUGCUUGAAGGAGUUGAUUUAUGUGAUGGGAUUCUGAGGAAUCUAUUUUUGUGCUUGCAAAUCAAUGACAUUGAGCCUUUCUGUCAAGAUGAGAUUGCUUUGUAUCGACAAUGCACUGAAAGAAGGGAUAAGAAAAUAAGACAACGACUUCAAGAUAGUGAGCGCAAAUUGGGUUUAUCAAUGCCUUUAGAUGAAGCAAGGGAGAGAGCUGCUCAACUUGAAUCAGAAGUUACAUCACUAGAUAGGCGCUUGAUUCUUGCUAGUGGACUCGAAGGCAUGGAAGGAUUUCGCCAGAGAUGGAGCUUGCAUGGUCGCCUUACAGAUACCAACUGUACUGGAUUAAGUGCAGGAGAAGGUUGGAGUCCUUGAAACAGGGAAUGGAGAAUAGAAAAAAGGAUGAGCCUGUUGGAGGUUCGACUGCCAAAAGAUGGUCUUUUUGGUGAAGUGUUCAAGAGGCUUUUCUUCGGUAUGAUUAUUGGACAUGCUCAGCACAGCCUGGAACAGAAACAUACACCAAGCUCUUAGUAAGCUGACUGUGUUCAGAGUUGGAGUUUAUUAUGUCAUAAUUAGCCAUCUAGGACAUUCGAGUUGGACGUGUUUUGGUGCUAAAUAAUGCAUGAAUAUCAUGAAGUUCUGUUUUAUUACUGCAAGUCUGUGAAAGGGUAUUGCCUUCAAAAAGCAACAGGUAUAUAUGAAUAGCCAGUGUAAAUUAGCAUAUCUUUAUGAAGAAAAUGGAGAUUUCCUUUGUUU